UUUUUUUUUUUCAUCCCUAACUUCAACCUUGUCUACAUAGAAAUAAUGUUUGUGUUCCCCAAAAACUACAGAAAUGCGAGAUAGUUCUCCAUUGUAAAUUGCCUAUUUUCCCGCCAAUAUUUCCAAAUCUUCACUUCCCCCAAAUUCGUCUGAUUGUUCACGAAGAAAUCUAGGGUUUUCCUCACCGUGGUGCUCUUCUUGUUCAAAUUAGGGUUCCAGGAAUUGUUCUCCUACUGCGGAGAAAUGCCGCCGUUAAGCUGGAGACACCAUACGCUGAUUCAAGCUCUGCUAUCCCGUGGUCCACUCAAGGAAAAGGACUUUCACGCCAUAUUUUCCGAUGUCACCGGCAAAAGCUUAGAUUCCCAUCAACAAUUGUUCAAUGAUUAUCUUCGAAAGAUAAACAUGGAGCUAUCUUAUGUCCAGUUUGAGCUACGAGCAUGCAGAAACCAAUAUGACAGUGGUGUAUUUUAUGGAGUGGUCAACACUGUUGCAGAUGAGCAGUCAAAGCUUGGUUCAAAAUACACUGUUCCUCAAAUUGCUUUCUAUAAAGCCAUUAUUGAAGCCAUUGUUCUUGAUCACACAGCUCAGGGUACCAUUUCCAACAUCAAAGCCCUCAAUAUUCAGCUAGAAAAUCAGGAUGGUGAUAUUGGACUUGGUGUUCGAUCAUUUUUGGAUCUCAGGAGUUGGUUUCAUAACAAUCAAGUUCCUCCUUGUGAUGUCUGCAAUGAAUCUGGAAUUAAGGCUGAUUUGUGUCCGAAUGAAAGCUGUAGUGUUAGAAUUCACAAAUACUGUCUACAAGCAAAAUUCUCUCAACAAAGGAUGGAAAAGGUUUGCCCUGGAUGUGGGACCCAAUGGCCAUAUGUAGUAAUGGCAAAAGCAGAAGUUGUUGAAGAAGAGGAGAGAGAUGUCCAGCAGCCUCCUCCUCCUCGUGGGCCCCACAUGCGAAAGAGGCAAAGAAGCUCGAGACAUGUUGAAGAGGGAGAGAGAGAGUCAAAUAGUCAAUCCUCCCGGAGACAGGUGGCUGUGAAGGUUGAUUAUGAUGACAAUGGGUUGGCUCCAUCUCAGCUGCCCGGGACAAAGCGGGCAACCCGGAAUUCUGCCCGGUUACACCGGCGAUUAGUUGUUCUAGGAGGAAUAUCACAAACAGAAACUAUAAACACCAUUAAUUAUGGGCCCUGGUGGCAUGGAUUGGCUUCAAACAGUGCUGUCCAUGAUCUACUCGAGUGCCCUGUCUGCCUUGGCAUAAUGCACCCUCCAAUUCAUCAAUGUCCAAAUGGCCACACGAUAUGCGUUGUAUGUAAAUCAAAAGUGCAAAAUAGUUGUCCGAUAUGCCGACAAGAGCUUGGGAAUAUACGGUGUUUAGCAUUGGAAAAAGUUGCAGAGUCGAUAGAGUUGCCAUGCAAAUACCAUUAUUUGGGAUGCCAUGAGAUUUUUCCUUAUCAUAGUAGGAUAAGACAUGAGGAGAAUUGUAAAUAUCGGGGGUAUAAUUGUCCAUAUGCGGGAACGGAAUGUUAUGUCACGGGUGAUAUUCCAUUCCUUGUUGCACAUCUCAAGACGGAUCAUAAUGUUGACAUGCAUGAUGGGUCCACAUUCAAUCACCGCUACGUGAAGCCCAAUCCUCAUGAAAUUGAAAACGCCACAUGGAUGUUAACGAUUUUCAACUGCUUCGGGUAUCAAUUUUGUUUGCACUUUGAGGCGUUUCAUUUGGGCAUGGCCCCCGUUUACAUGGCGUUUUUGCGUUUUAUGGGGGAUGAAAAUGACGCGAGUAAAUUCAGUUACAGUUUGGAGGUUGGUGGGAAUGGAAGAAAGCUAAAAUGGCAAGGGGUCCCACGGAGUAUCCGUGAUAGUCAUAAAACGGUUAGAGAUAGUCUAGAUGGGUUGAUCAUAACAAGAAAUAUAGGCUUGUUUUUCUCCGGUGGUGAUAGGCAGGAGCUCAAGUUGAAAGUGGCCGGCCGGAUUUGGAGAGAACAGUCUUGAAGUUGAACCACCACCGCCACUUGCCGCCACUCGCACCGCCUUACACAACCUUGUUUUUUUUUUUGUUUUUGUGAAAUAGAAAGAAAGAAGGGUGGUUUUUAGGGUUUAUAAUUAUAUGCAAUAUCUAUGUAAAGGUUUAGAUUGGGGUUUGAAGGGUUAGUUUUGUUACUUGAAACAUUUUUGCUUUGUGGAUGAUCUUAAAGUAAGAGAAUGUUAGCUUUCUUUUUGAUCAUUUUUCUGUCAAC